AUGGCCAGACGCCCCCACGUUGCCGUCAUCGGUGCUGGUUUUGCAGGUCUACGCUGCGCCGAUAUCUUAAUCCAGAAUGGCGCACAGGUGACGAUUUUCGAGGCGCGUGAUAGAGUCGGAGGGAGGGUCCAUCAAAGCAUGGCUGGCGACCACCUGGUUGAUAUGGGUCCAAACUGGAUCCAUGGUACUGGAACGAACCCGUUUGUCAACAUCGCGGAAGCGACUGGGACGGCUCUCGAGGAUUUCGAGGGAGCCCAGGCUAUAUUCUCGCCUGCUGGGGAGCUGCUCGAUGAGCAGCUUACCACGAAGAUCUCGGAGUUUCUGUGGUCGACUAUUGAAGAGGCGUUCAAGUAUAGUAACAGUUAUAAAGAUAGCAUUCCAGCAGAUAAGAGUCUGCUGGAUUUCAUCCGUGAGCGCAUUGAGGAGACGGAUUUCAGCACAGAGGAGAAGAAGCUGUGCAUCGAGUCCUGCAGGCUUUGGGGUGCAUAUGUUGGAGAUCCGAUAGAACGGCAGAGCCUGAAGUUCUUUUGUCUGGAGGAAUGCAUAGAUGGGAACAACUACUUUGUCGCCUCGACAUAUAAAGAGAUUCUGAAGCAUGUCUCCAAAACCGCUCUUGAGCACGCGGAUAUCCGCUACAACCAACCCAUCGUCAAGAUCGAAUCCAAACAAAUCAUCCAGGGCACAAAUACCAGCCGUAAAAUCACCCUGACAACAAAAUCCGGCGAAAGCCAGACCUUCGACGAAGUCGUCGUCACCUGCCCCCUGGGCUGGCUCAAGCGCAACAAAUCUGCCUUCACCCCGGAGCUCCCCCCACGCCUUUCCCGCGCCAUCGACAGCAUCUCCUACGGCCGCCUCGAGAAGAUCUACGUCACUUUCCCUCGCGCAUGGUGGCACUCCGACAAUGCGAAUCUCGUCACCAUUCCCGUCUCCGCGGACACACCAGAGGCCGGGAAGGCAACCACAACCCAUGGCCUGACCUUUGCCCAAUUCCUCGACCCAACCUACACUACGCACCCCGAGCACAUCCUCUGGAACCAGGAAUGCCUCUCCAUGGCCGCGCUCCCCGGUAACACCGCCCAUCCAACACUGCUCUUCUACACCUACGGGCCCUGCGCAACCCAUAUUGUCGACCAACUCACCUCCCUUCCCCAAGCCCAAGAAGACCCAUCCUCCGCCUCUUACCAGUCAGCCUCCCACUCCCUCCUCAAAUCCAUCCUCGAACCCUUCUACUCCCGCCUCCACGCCUACUGCGCCUCCUCCCCAGACUGCCAACCGCUCGCCUUCACCGCAACAACCUGGCAAGCAGACCCCUACGCCGGAAAUGGGAGCUACUGCAACUUCCAGGUUGGGCUUGAAGAAGGGGAUCGCGACAUUGAGGUGCUCCGGGCCGGGAUGGGGCUCGAUCGCGGGGUUUGGUUUGCGGGAGAGCACACGGCGCCGUUUGUGGCGUUGGGCACGACGACGGGUGCGUUUUGGAGCGGGGAAAGGGCUGCCGGGCAGGUUUGUGCGCUUUAUAGUCUGGGGAGGGUGGGGAUGGGGGUUGAGAGGGAUGAUUCGUUGCCCAGUGCCAGUGUGAGUGGUGGGAGUGCGGGUGGGAGUGAGUGA